GCUCGACCCAGGAUUCAUCUGGCAGCUGCGUCGAGACAGAGAUCGAAUUGGCCAUAGAGCAGUCCUCGUACGUCAUGGAAUGCGGUGGCCUGAAGAAUGGCAGUCGCAUUUGUGUUCAUGCUCAUUCGGAGGAGCCGCAUAACAUGACUCGUAAUGAAGAAGCAGUACAGUACUACGUCAGUGACCCGCAGCUCCUUGCUAGGGCCGAGCCUCAACAUAGAUAAUCGACGUCUUCUCCAAAACCUCCUCAAAAAUCAUCUUGCUGGCAAGACACGGAGCUCAAAAUACGAACGACAAGACGCAUAUUAGAUAUGACUGACUCAAUGACUCGCCUGCGAAUUGGCAUAAUCGGUGCUGGAGAAGUAACUCAAAUCAUCCAUCUACCUACCUUGUGCCAACUCUCGCACCUUUACAAGUUCACAGCGAUCUGUGAUUUAUCCAGAAAGAAUGCAGAACAUUGCGCAGCAAAGUAUCACAUCCCGAAGGUCACCACAGAUCCUCAGGAGAUCAUCAACAGCCCGGAUGUGGAUAUUGUCUUCAUCUCAGUCUCGGACGAGUUCCACGAGCCAUACGCUAUUGCAGCACUCGAAGCACAGAAGAAUGUGUUCAUUGAGAAGCCAAUCACCCUUUCGAUGCAAUCUGCUCAGCGCAUCAUUGAUGCUGAGAAGAAGUCGAAGGGUCGCGUAUGGGUAGGAUAUAUGAGACGCCACAGUCGCACCUUCACAGACGCUUUCAAGCGUGAGCUCGAAUCCAUCCCGAAGAUCCUUUAUGCUAGAUCUCGCGACUUCUCAGGACCAAAUGGCAAAUUUACCUCGCAAUCAGGCACUUUCCCUGUUAAGAACACAGAUUUCCCACGCUCAGCAGGGGCUGAGCGAAACAAGAGAGUGGAUGCCCUUCUCAAAGAAGCGUUUGGCGGCGAGCCGACUCCCGAACAGGUCAAAUAUGCCCGCUUCUUGGGUAGUCUAGGAAGCCACGACCUAUCUCUCAUGAGAGAAGCUCUUGGCUUCCCCGAAGACGUCACUGCCGUCACCGUCAACGAGCCUUUCUACACCGCAACAUUCAAGUGCCGUAACAAGUCAGGCGACCCCUUCUUCGUAACCUAUGAAUCAGGCAUCGACGGUGUGCCGGAGUUUGAUGCUCAUCUCGCUGUAUAUGGCGAAAACAAGCGUGUUACGAUCUUCUACGAUUCUCCAUACAUCAAGACACAAAAGCCCGUCAUGGUUAGAGUGCAAGAAGUCAAUGAUGCUGGUGAGGUACAGACUAGAGAGAUCAUCAGCUCUUUUGAAGAUGCGUUUGCUACCGAGUUUCAGGAUAUGCAUGAUUGCUUGGUCAAUGGCAAGGAGAUCAAGACGAGUGCGGAGGAUGCCAUCAAUGAGCUCAAGUUGUAUGAUCUGAUGUAUGCCAAGUAUGCUGAGACCAGCAAAUAAGGAUAGCAUAAUGUUCACUCUUCAUUGUCCUUUUCCUUGACCUUCUCCUCGAUCUUCUCCUUUCCCUUGCCCUUUGCAG